AGGCCAACAUUUCUUAUUUAGAAUGAAUAAUGGAUGACAUAGAAAGUAUUCUACCCAAUAACCCUACAAUUCCCAUAAAUCCAUGCAGGGAGGCAACUUUCGUCACAUCCGCUUCCUCCGAAUACGAGCGAGAAAGUCUGCGAGAAGUGCCAUCUCAUCAUCGUGCCACAGAGAAAUUGCACUACGCCACUCCCCCACCACGCUCACCAUUGGGUGAGGAUCAGGAGCCCAGAUCAAUCUCACAGCUCAUAAACCGACGGGAGGGCUCGUUCGCAUCCGACGAAGGUACAGAGGUCGAGGGAUCCUGGACGCCAACGUCUGGCUCCUUAGAUAACAGCAGGAACCGUGUCCACACGCCAUCAGAAUCUGGAAAGUCGGGUAUAUCGCUAGGGAACGUGUUCGAAAAAGGAUUCUCCCAGAACAAGGUCGUUCCGAACGAUUCGAAAUUUCCGUACAGACUUCAAUUGCCAAAUGUGAAAAUAAAAGAAGAGGAGGAAAGUGUCAGAAGACAGAAAUGUUAUUGUUUCAUUGUGACUAUCGUGUUAGCAGUGUUUAUAGUGGGUGGGGCCAUUUUAGCCAUGGUGCUGGCUGUUAAUCUAGCCACUUAGUACAAACUCAGAGGAA